AUGGCUUUGCCCGCUGCCAGAUUCUCGUCUGUGCUGCACAUUGCAAGUAGACGCUACCCCACAUUGAGAACUCGUGCACCAUCUGCACUCAAGAAUGGGGGUAAGCAGAUGAGAAACUUCUCGGUCAGCCCAAGAUGGCAGUUGAGGACGAAGGAGAUGAAUGAUGAGUUGUUGGGAAGCUUGAAGGUUGAUCAGGGGAGACUUAUGCAAGAUAUCCAUCACACGUGCGAGUGGGGAAAGGGCGAGCGAUGGGGAAAGGAAUCUACAGAAACUGGAAUGUCCAGACUCGCCCUCUCGGAUUCAGAUAAAGCUGCACGAGACUGGUUUGUCGAGACUACUGAGGCCUUGGGAUGCAAAGUUACUGUUGAUGCUAUGGGUAACACAUUCGCGGUGCGACCUGGACUGAAGAACGAUAAGCCACCAAUAUACGUGGGCAGCCAUCUGGACACACAGCCAACAGGCGGACGAUAUGAUGGUAUCCUAGGAGUCACUGCAGGCGUGGAGAUGUUGAGGGUGCUUCAAGACAACUGGGUCGAAACCGAGUAUCCCGUGGGUGUUGUGAACUGGACGAAUGAAGAAGGUGCUCGCUUUCCAAAAUCCAUGGUCUCGUCUGGAGUAUGGGCUGGAUCUAUUCCCCUAGAGACCGCCCACAACCUCCGCGAAGUGCACCCUGGGACAGCAACCAUGGCGUCUGAGCUCGAAAGAAUCGGCUACUUAGGCAAGACCCCAGCGAGCUACGAGGCGAUGCCAAUGGCCGCCCACUUCGAACUACACAUCGAACAAGGCCCACUCCUAGAGAUGGCAAACAAGAAGAUCGGCGUCGUAACAGGUGUGCAGGCGUACAAGUGGUUCACCGUCAAAGUCAAAGGACGCGAUACCCACACCGGAACCACAGAUCUCAAAUCCCGCGCAGACGCCCUCCUCACAGCCUCCAAAAUGAUUCUGCACUCGCAUCGUCUCGCGACCGCCAAUUCAGCCCUCGCAUCAACCGGUAUCUUGCACCUCAAGCCCGGAUCCACAAACACCGUCCCAGGCGAAGUAUCCUUCAGCCUCGACAUCCGCGCAAAGAAAGACUCCACAGUCGCCACCAUGAAAGACCUUGUCAUGCGCGACUUUCCCAAAAUCGCCGCAGGCGAAGACAUCGACGGUCUGAACCACGGCUGCACAGCUGGCCUACCCCUCAGUGUCUCCAUAACCGAGGACUUCGACUCGCCCGCGACCAUCUUCCAUCAGGACUGUAUUCAUUCUGUUAGCCAAGCGGCUCACUCCGCUCUCGGACCUGAAAGUCGUAGUUUGGUCAUGGAGAUGACGUCUGGUGCGGGACAUGAUAGCGUGUAUGCGAGUAAGCGGUGUCCGACGAGUAUGAUUUUCGUGCCGUGUAGAGAUGGAGUGAGCCAUAAUCCGUCGGAGUUUUGCAAGGAGGAGGAUUGUGCAUUAGGGGCCCAGGUCUUGAUGCAGAGUGUGUUGAGGUUUGAUCGGAUGAGGGAUGAGAGGAGGGUUAGUUGGAAGCAGGAACCUUAUACCAUCUGA